CGUCCAGGCGAAGGCGCUUCGAGAACGCCGAGCGCGGCCCCCAAGGCUGUGGUGACUCUUAUUCUUUCACCACUUUGAGGGACCCGGCGACGAAUCCUCGGGACGCCAAAGAAGCGGCUGCGGACUUCCGACGGGGAGGGCGUGAGGCCUAGAGCCGCUGGGGGUGCUGGGGCCGGAAGGCGCCGAGCCCCGCUCAGCUGUGGGCCGGGGGCGUGGCGAGGCCGGAUUCUGUUUCCCCCCAGGCCCUGAGGAGCUUUCGGUUUCAUUUCCGGCCGGCGUCUCCACCUCGAGGGAACCGCCCACGCCCCUCCAGUCCCAGGCUCGACGUCCAUGGCUCCCGACGCCGUCCUCCGUGAGGUGACCCAGGCGCUGUGCGCGGCCGGGGGCGCCUUGGAGCUGGAGGAGCUGCGGCGCCGCUUGCGGGCGAGCGUCGGCGGGGACGUGCUGGAACGGCUGUUGCGGGAGCGCGGGCGCUUGGCGGUGGUGCGGCGGGCGGCCGGGGACGGCGCGGCGGCCGUCGAGCGUCUGGUGCUGGCCGUAUCGCCGCUGCGCGUGUGCGGCGCGUACCAGGGCUCGAAGCCGAGCUGCGUGGGGCUCUGCGCUCAGCUGCACCUCUGCAGGUUCGUGUUCUACGGCAAGUGCAAGAUCCUGAGGGACAGGAAGGACUGUAGGAACGGUCACAACUUGACGUCCGAACACAACAUGCGCGUGCUGAAAACUCAGGGCGUGGACCACCUCAGCUUCAGUGAGCUCUCCGUGCUCUUGUUACAGAACGACCCCUUGCUCUUGCCGGAGAUCUGCCUUCAUUACAACAAAGGACAUGGACCCUAUGGCUCUUGUUCCUUUAAAAAGCAAUGUGUCAAACUCCACAUCUGCCAGUAUUUUUCACAGGGUGAAUGCAAGUUUGGCACUGGCUGUAAGAGAUCCCAUGAUUUCUCUAAUUCUGAGAACCUGGAAAAACUGGAGAAGUUGGGCAUGAGGUCAGAGCUGGUGAGCAGGCUGCCUUCCAUUUACAGAAAUGCUCAUGACAUCAAGAAUAAGAGCUCUCCCUCCAUCAGAGUGCCGUCUUCUCCCUAUGUGUCACAGGGGACUUCUGAAAGAAGAGAUGCAGGUUCUGUGUCCCCAAACACUGCCAACCAAGAGGAGAGUGAUCAGAUUUGCUUGUUCCAUAUCUGGAAACGUUGUACCUUUCAAGAGAGGUGCAGUAGAGUUCACUUCCAUUUGCCAUAUCGGUGGCAAGUCUUAGAUGGAGGCUCGUGGAAGGAUCUGAACAAAAUGUACCUUAUUGAAGAGGCCUAUUGCAAUCCUGCAAGAAACGGGAUCGUGUGCACCAGUAGCUUUCUCACUGGUUUUCUGAACUUUAACUCCAUGACGUUUGGUUCCACCUUGGCUCGCCGCCUCUCCACGGCCUCCUCGCUCACCAAACCUCCACACUUUGUCCUCACCACUGAGUGGGUUUGGUACUGGAACGAUGAAUUUGGCUUUUGGCAGGAGUAUGGAAGACAAGGCGUGGAGCACCCCGUGACCAGCGUCAGCAACAGCGACGUGGAGAAGGCCUACCUGGCGUACUGUGCCGCAGGCUCUGACCCCCAGGCUGCUGCUCUGAAGUUCCAGGCAGGAAAGCACACAUACGAAUUAGACUUCAAAGACUUCGUUCAGAAAAACCUGGUCUAUGGCACGGUUAGAAACGUUUGCCGGAGACCCAAAUUCGUAUCUCCCCAGGAUGUGAAGCUGAAGCAAACCUGCGUCAAUUCCCAAGGCCUAAAGAGUAUCCCUGAGCAUUGGGACCACUUGGCCCUGUCGGACACUGGCUUUAAGAGGAUCACCCUCCCUUCGUCCUCAGAGGAGUUUCGAAAGAUCUGGAAACUCUUCACCCAUACGAUGCCUCUCUAUUACGUUCAGAAGAUUGAGCGGGUCCAGAAUGUGGCCCUUUGGGAAGUCUACCAGUGGCAGAAGGAGCAGAUGCAGAAGAGAAACGGCGGGAAGACAGUGGAUGAGAGGCAGCUGUUCCACGGCACCAGCACCGGUUUCGUUGACGCCAUCUGCCAGCAGAACUUUGACUGGCGGGUCAGUGGUCUUCAUGGUACUUCCUACGGCAAGGGGAGCUACUUUGCCCGGGACGCCGCGUAUUCCCACCACUACAGCAAAACUGACACCAAGUCCCACACGAUGUUCCUGGCUCGGGUGCUCGUGGGCGAAUUCGUCCGAGGCAACGCCAGCUUCGUCCGUCCCCCGGCGAAGGAGGGCCAGGGCGACGUCUUGUACGACAGCUGCGUGAACCGCGUGUCUGACCCCUCCAUCUUCGUGGUCUUCGAGAAGCACCAGGCCUACCCAGAAUCAAGGAACUGAGACCCAGAGAGCUUGAGGAGCUCGCCCCAGCUCACGCAGAGCCGGGAAGCCACCGUAGGCAUCAGGGAACUGGGGUGGGCACCCCUUGCGCCCGGAGCAGCAGGGCUCACCUGAGUCUCGGGACAGGCUUCGAACCGGAACUUGCGCAGGACGUGGAGCAGCGUCAGCUUGGCCUCCAAGAGCCCCAGUCUCACCCCGAGGCAGCUCCGGGGACCUGCCCCGAACGGCAGGUACGUGAAGGGCCGCUGGCGCUGCUGGGCCUCGGCUGUGAACCUACGGGGCAGCACGGUCAGCGUUGGCCUGGGUCACCACCUCCCUUCCUGGGGCUUCAGCCACUGGCUCUGGCUGAGGGACCCCAUCAUCUGAGGCCACGCUCCCACCACGUGAGGCCUAAACCCCACCUCGGUCUACAGGAUCCUGUUUUUUUCCUGGACCGGUCAGUCCCUAAGGCUUUGGAGCUGGUGGCCACUGAUCCAUGUGCUCCCGUGCGGCUCCCCUCCUCCUGUCCUGCAAAGCCCCGAAGGCACCGCUGAAUUAGCAGAAUCACCUGGAUCGUCAGCAUGGCCCUCUCCGCCUCUCCUGAUGAAUUCACUGUGUUGUUAAUGAGCUUUGCAGGCUCCCUAGAAUCCAGGAUGAAAGUCUCAAAGAAACCACAGCUCUCGCUUCACCCAUGGCUCCAACUUCCCCAGUGGCCAGAGGGUGACACUGGCUGGCCGGCAUCCCCUUCCUAAGCAGAGUCCCUGGGCACCAGACCCCUCUGGAGGCCAUGUCCUGCCAGUUUGUCUCUUGAUGCCAUGCUGGGCAGCUGUCUCCCUGCCCACACUCACCUUUCUGGUUUAAACACUGAAACUUGAACCACUGGGGGUGGCAGUAUUUGACCCGCUGGAAGCUCUUCUUCAGAAUGAAUUGCCGUAUCUGCUCCCAGAUGACAGCAUUUGCCACGUGUGUUCUGUGACAGUAACGCUACGUGACAACCACAGCUCCCUUCUUACUACCUCUGGACUUUAUGGGCCCAAGAAGCCCUUGACCCACCUUUUCUACAUCGUAUUAAUGCACUUUUUGUUUUCAAAGGUGAUGCUGCAAGCCUUGCAGCUGCUGUUUAUGUUUCUUGAUAUUUACCAUAAUUCCAGGAGCUGCUGGGCAGCAGAAUGUUAUUUAUCUGGGUCCCACUGCCCAUGGCUUCCCAGGGACCAGGUUGUAGAGUUGGGGCCGCAUUAACAGGAAGCUGGAGCCACUAACAGUGGGAACAGAGCUGCAGGCUGGCCAGCUCCCCCAUUUGCCAGGAAGCGAUAUCCGUCGACUCUGAUGAGGAGGGCGUGUAGAUGCCUGCUCAGACACUUU